GUUUACGAAUAAAGAAUGGUCAGAAUGUAGUCUCCCAAAUAACAGCUAACCACCACCCGCCAAAAAUGUUAACCACAGCGACCCAACCUCCACCCAACUUAUCUCCACCUCCUCCUCCGUCGUCAAUAACCACCGCCGCCACCACCACUUUUCAGAACUCUCAUCAUGGCCUUACUAAACCCAUUGACCGCCGCCACCUCAUCGCUGCACUAUCCAUCUCAAUCUCUACCUCUCCACUAUUCACACCAACGGUGGCCAGUGCCCGUGGCCUCUUCCAAAUGCCACCUGUCCGUCUCAGCAAUCGGUACUACUUAGUGAGAGCUGGGGAAUCUGAAUUUGAAACUCGGGGGAUUAUUAAUACGAACCCGGUUGCUAAAACUUCAGUUGAUAAUGGUUUGUCUAAAAAUGGAAAGAAACAGAGUUUGAAAGCUGCAUUACAGCUUAAGACAAUGGGAGCUUGUGAUAAUGGCUGUUGGAUUUGGCCUUCUAUUACCCAGAGAGCUUAUCAGGCUGCUGAGAUUAUUGCUGCUGUUAAUGGAAUCAGUAGGAGUUAUAUAGUUCCGGAGUAUAGCUUUCUCGAUGCUCGUGGAUUGGGAGCUUAUGAAGGCAGGAGUUUGGAAGCUCUCUCGGAAGUGUAUGAAUCAGACACAAUUUCUCCAAGAAACAAGCCUCCUCCCAUAGAUGACGGGACCCCAAACGAGAGUGUGUCAGAUGUAUUCGUUCGCGUGACGCAGCUUAUGUCAAUUCUAGAGACUCAAUACUCUGAAUCAACAGUCGUUAUUGUCUCUCCAGAUUCUGACAAUUUAACCGUUCUACAGGCUGGUUUAGUAGGACUGGACUUUCGACGGCAUAGAGAUCUCGCCUUCGGCCCUGGUGAAGUUAGAUUUGUAGAUCCUGGUAGUAUACCAGCUUACAAGCAACCCGCAUCUGCUUUAUAUAAAUGCCUAAACCCACCAGUUUGUAGCUGAACUGUGUAAUCUCCAGGCCUUCCAUUUUAAGUAAAGCUGCUUCAUCUGUGUCAUUCAGAAUCAGAAGUAAAUGCAGAUUAUAUUUAGGUUUGUAGUUUUUUACAUUUGAAGAUCUUUCUCGUAUCCUGACAGAUGCUGAAUAUCAUUUCUGAAGUAUUUCUGAAGUAUAAUCAUGUGACAAAUCAAUAAAUUAGCAAAAAUUACCAAUUUUGUACUACCAUAUUUUAGCCCUUCACUAAAGUGUCAUUUGAACUAA